AUGUCUAUGGCGCAAAAUCCACGUCUACGCCGGCUGCAACAACAACAUCGUCGCGCGAGGCGCCAAAACUGGAGGCGCGGCGGGGCGCGGCGGGGCGGCGCGGGACGUACCGAAGACGUAUUGGUGGUAGUGGUGAUGAUGGUAGUGGAGAUGAUAGUGGUGAAGGUGGAUCCGGAUCGGAUCCAGGCCUCUUCGGAUUCAUCACCGAAAACCGCCGGAAGGAGUCGAUUCGGACUCGGCGCCGGGAGGGGGGGCCCGUGGCCCGAUCGACGGCUCCCUCCCUUGCAGAUUGACAUUCAGCGUUGGGUCUAUUCCUCCCUACCGCCGGGAUUUGGCAAGAGGGACCAAGAGUCCAAGACCGAGAUGUCCCCAUCCGAUAUCCCCACGGCAGAGAAAUAUCAACAGCAAAAGACUCCAGCAAGUUCAGACCGACCAUGCAGUUUCAGCAUAGUCCGGCAGAUGCAGACCGGCCAUACAGUGGGUAUCGCCAAAGUGAAAGGCUCCGUGAAAGACUUCAGCAAGUUCAGACCAGCCCCGCGGUAUCUCUGCAGUGAAAGAUUCCAGAAAAUGCAGACCAACCAUGCAGUAUUACAACAGUGA